CUUUCCUUCAGAGAUUCUCUUGUUAUUUGCUCAAAGACAUUAGCAGUAACGGAUUCAAUUAUGUAGGCUUACGUGACAGAUGCAUUUCCUCAUGAAGUGUUUUUUAUUUGAAUCUUCACAAUCUUUGCAACCCAAUCUGCUGGUUGUUGACCUGGACAAAUUCGUUGUGCCAUAGCCAGUGCAAUCGAUUUGGGUUAAACACUUGCUUCAAGGUUGCCAUUUACAAAAGCGAGUGUUUCCAAAGAAUUACAGCCGACCCACACAGUGCAUUCCUUGAAUAUACCAAACGAAUCCAGUGUGGAAACUCAAACACCACUACAGGGAGAACCAAGGAUAUCUACAUGCAUGAGCAAUGGUGGAUUGGUCACCUAGGAUUACAUUGAUGGGAAGCUGCCUCACUUUGAAAUGCCCCCCAAGAAUGUCAAAUAAUGAAGCUGGCCAGGAGGUUGCAGAUGCACCAAGCUCAUCUGAGAUGCAUGAAUCAGAUUCAUCUGAUAUCGAAAACCCUCCAAGCAGUGAAGAUGAAGAAAGCCCACCCAAUUUAGAGCAUGUAUUGAAUUAUUUGAAUUCAUUUGACAUGGCUAAUGGAUUAUGUUCUGGGAAGGUCCCUGUGAAGAAAAAGCGUGAAAAUGCAUCUCAUAAACAGCACAGGAAGCCUCAGAGGAAAAAAUACCGGUCAUGGAGGGUCGGGGGUGAGGAUGGUGAUGGAAUGCCAGUAGUGAGAGCAUUUCAGAAGCCAGCGAAUACGGUCCUCUCAAAGUUGGACAGGUCCUCUUGUAGCUCAUUGUGCGUGUCACUUUUUACUUAUUGAUCACUAGUAUGGUUGCCUCUUACCUAUAGUUUUUAAGUUUAUGUUUCUUAGUGAAUAUGCAAUCAUUUUAUUUGUUUUCUUCUUGUUGCCAAAUUAUUGAAUGAUGUGAACUUGAUAAUGAUUAGGAGUUUUGUAUUGUAAUAUCAUCAUAUUGUUGUCUGACUACAGAGAAUCUGAAACCUCUGUACAUAUCAUAGAGAUAAUGCAUGUGCCUUCCAUAUCAGAAAUCAUUGAAAUGGACCUUAUCUGAAUAUUAGUAGAGAAUAUGAAAUUAGUUUGCCUUGUGUAAAUUAUUGCCAUUGUUGCAAGUGAAUGAUUUGUAACAUGGACAACAUUUUUUUUCACUGGGGUGUAGAAUGCAUUGGAUCUACUGCUACCGAUUGUUUUAGUAUAGUUGGAAAUCAAAGAUUUUUAUUUUAUUUUAUUUUUUUCCGGAUGAUGGUAAAAGCUUUAUGUUUUGGCCAGUACUUGCGCUUGCGUAUUUGUUAAUUCACACACACACACACACACACACACAGAGACUGCUUCCAGAUCAAUAAAAAAGCUAAUGGACUUUGUUUUAAACUUGUCAUUAAUCAAUAUAGACUGCUACCAGAUCCUCCUUUUUGCUGGUGGUUGAUGGUUGUUGCUUGUUGGUCUGCUGCAACUGCUGGUUUGUUACUGCUGGUUUGCUGUUGCUGCCGCCCUCGUGACUAAUGCUUGCUGGGCUGUUGUUGCUGCAAUGUUGCUAUGAGGUGGCUGCUACUAGAUGUUUGUCUGUUGGAUAAGUUUGUGGGUGAUUUUCAUGUCAUUUUGCCUUUGUUAGUUUCAUGUUUUCAUUUUAUUAUCUGUUGUUUCUAAUGUGGGUUCACAAUUUGGAUGUAUUUGGAUAUUUUAGUGCCUUUACCCUUUUGGGUUUUAUACAUUGCUUCUAAAAGCAGUAUUAGUAGUGUUUUUUUCGCUUGCACAUCAACUUUAGGUGAUUUCAUAUCAAUGUUAUUAGUUUGUAAUAGUGGUGCCUGAGGGAUGCCUCUUGUAAAUCUGUAAAUCUUAUAAAAAUAUAUAAAUUAUUUUCAA